UUUUUUUGGAACUAAGAAAGGGACAAUUGUGAUUCAGAAACAAACUCAUUUUCUACCCCACAUUUAUAAUACACGCAGUCAUGGCAGACAAAACACCCGAACAAACUCUCCCUGAGACAGCUGUUGCAACUGAGCAGGAGACUCAAGAGAUCGAAGAGGCCGGUGCUGAGGAGUUUUACCAGAUCACCAUCAACCUUCCUAACAAGGGUGGUAAAGUCCAGGUCAUUGCUAGCCCUCGUGAGGCAAUUCAGGAUGUUCGACAAUCUAUUGUUGAAUCAACAGAGACGUGUAUUCACUCUUGUUUCUCGCUUGCCUUCAAUGGUGUCAAGCUGAAUGAUUUUAUGGAAUUGGGUGAUGUAGAAGGCAUCACACCCGAUAGUGAGCUUGAUUUGGUCUUGAACAAUUACACUGAGCGGGAGGCUAGGAUCCAUGUCAACCGUCUUCGUGACUUGCUUGCAGGACCCGCCAAAUUAAACGUCAAUGCUGUUGGAAUCGAUCCUGGCUUGUCCUUUUUAUCAACCGUGUCCGGCCAUGUUGAGGAACCUCCAGUAGACAACUCGACCUAUGAAACUGCACCUACGACUGUCUUCUCUAAAUUUGAUCUCAAGGCUUCUGCAGCUCUCUCCGACUUUGUGCCCAAGGGACUUGAAAGAACACCUGUUCAGUGUGUCAAAAGCAUUGCCUUGUCUGGAUGGAACCCUCCUCCUCACCACCUUCGACUUCGUGGCGAUCUUAUGUACUUGAUUGUCACCACCCUGGAGGGUGAGACUGUUCAGAUCACCUCCACCGCUACCGGAUUCCACGUCAACAAAUCAACGUCCAACCACUUUGAUCCUACUCCUCGCCAGGAUGCCAAAGCUGCUAGUGACCACUCUUUGAUCGUUCUUUUGGAGAAGGUCUCGCCCUUGUUUGCGACCAACUUCAAGAAGCUUCAGGAGUUCAUCACCCGCCACCAUAUGCUUGAGGUACUUCCUGUCACAACUGCCCAGCCUGCUUACCCCUGGGCUAUUCAGCCUUCACCUCACACUUACGAUCCUACGCGCCCCUCAGAGGCGUACCUCAACUACGGAACCGAUUCUGUUGAUAGCCUACGUGACUGGAACGAUGAGCUUCAAUCACAUCGUGAGCUUCCUCGCUCAAACUUGCAGGAGCGUGUAAUGCGUGAUCGUUUCCUUAACAAGAUUCACGCUGAUUUCGCUGAUGCUGCUGUUCGUGGUGCUAUGGAUGUCGUUAACGGCAAUGUUGUGCCGUUGAACCCUCUGGAGGCUGAGGAUUCACAUAUGUACGUUUACAACAAUAUUUUCUUUAGCAAGGGCUUUGAUGGACGCAACACUUUUGAAAAGCUUGGUGGAGAUGAUGCUGCUCAUGUUGCUACCGGUAAGGACUUGGAGGGUGUCCGCACCUUGAACGGCGUCGAUGUUGAAGGUUUGUACACGCUGGGCACAAUUGUUGUUGACUACAAGGGCGUCCGUGUUGUGGCUCAAUCAAUUGUCCCUGGUAUUUUCAGACAACAGGAGGAGUCCUCGAUUGUUUAUGGCUCUGUCGACAAUGGCCCCUUGGUCAAGUCAGAUGAAAAGUUCCAUGAAAUCUUGGGCCAGGCCGCAAAGGCUCUGCACUUGGCUGAGCAUGCUGUCGAUAAUGGCGAGGGUGACUCCACAAAGCUUUGGACCUCAUUCGACACUAAGGGUCUUAUGGGUGCUGACGGUCGUCGUUACCUCUUGGACCUGUAUCGUCUCAAUCCUGUUGAUAUUGAGUUCCUUGAGAACGAUUUCCCCGCCAAGGAUGGAGUUCCCGAAUACCCUCACAAAUUGACGUUGAUGAGACCUGAGCUUAUGCUACUUUUCUGGGAGCACAAGCUCCGUGCCUGGAUGCAGGAGCGUGCCAAGGAGAUCCAGAAGCGUGCAGAGGAGAAGAAGGCUCUUGCUGGCGAGAAGGAAGCCAAGGAAGAAGAGAAGAAAACUACUGAGGAUAAGAAGGGAGACGAAGCACCUUCGGACCAAAAGAAGGAGGAGAAGGCAGAGAAGGAAGAGAAUGAAGAGGAUGCUAAAGGAGAGGUUGCUACUCCUGCCGCUGAAAGCAGUCCUGAGGAGGACAUUAACAUCCUUGACUUUGAUCUUACGUUCAAUGUUGACGCAUUCACCUCUGUCAAGACCCCUCCUGAAAGUGGUAAAACUAAGGCGGCACAAGAGAGCGUUAUCCGCGAGGCCUCCAAGUUCUUGCGUGAGAAUGUCAUCGGUGUUUUGCUUCAAGAUUUCACAGCCUAUAUUGUUUCACCUAUUGAUGGUGGUUCGUUGACGAAGGCAAUGCAUCGUCGUGGAAUUAACAUGAGGUAUCUAGGUCGCAUUGCUACAUUGGCGAAGGAGAGCAAUGAACCGGCCCUGGUUCAUAUCAACUAUUUGGCCAUGCAGGAGAUGGUUGUCCGCUCAGUUAAGCGUAUCAUCCGCAAGGCUCUUCGUGGAUUGCCUACUACCCAUAUCCCAGACUGCAUCUCUCAUAUUCUCAAUUGUUUAUUGGGACAUGAGCUUAAUGCUAAUCCUGUUGCUGGCUUGGCUCAAGAUGACUACUCCUAUGCCAAAUUUACUCCUGAGAGCUUGCGCGAGGACAUUCAAACAGAGGUCCAGCUGCGUUACCGUUUCAAUCUGCCUGAAAACUUUGUAAAGAAUAUUGCUAAAGAGAAGAAGGUCCCAUUGUUGAGAGAUGUCUGCUUGCGUGCUGGUAUCCAGAUUGAGGCACGCGACUAUAUCUUUUCCCCUACUUCUGAGCCUGAGGCUACUUCUGCUAGCGCUGAUCGAGUGGCAGCAGCAGCACCUAGUGGCAAGAAGGGCAAACAGAACAAGUCGGAAAAGAGCCACCAGGACAAGCAAACUCGCACGAUUGCAAAGUCUAAGAAGCGGGCUACUACUUUUGAGGCUAAUGAUAUUUUGACGAUUUUACCUCUUGUUAAGCAAGCGGCGACCCGCUCUAGUUACGCAGAUGAGGCAUUUGAGGCAGGCAAGACCAGUUUGGCGCAGGGUCAGCGUCAGUUGGGGUUGGAGCUGCUGUUGGAGUCGUUGGCGCUGCACGAGCAGACGUAUGGUUUCUUGCAUCCAGAGACAGCACGAUGCUACCAGGCCCUGGCGAUGAUCUACUACCACUCUGAUGACAGAGAGGUUGCGCUUGAUUUCCAACGCAAGGCAGUGAUUGUGUCGGAGAGGACACUUGGGGUUGAUUCACCUGAGGCUCUGCACAACUACUUGAACCUAGGACUGUUUGAGCACGCAUCUGGGCGCACAUUGACGGCCCUAAAGUAUUUGAAACAUGCUAUUCAUUACUGGGACUUGAUCUAUGGCAAGAACCAUCCAGAUUCGUCGACAGCGGACAAUAACAUUGCAGUGAUGUUGCAAUCGUUAAAGGAUUUUGAAAAGUCAUGUGCGUUCUUUGAGCGUGCGAAGGAGACACAGGAGUUGGCGCAUGGUAAAGAGCAUUUGAUUAUUGCAAACUGUCAUCAUGUCUUGGCGAAGGCCCAUGCUUUCAAGGGAGAUUUUGAGACGGCAGUCAAGGUUGAGAAGACUGCAUAUGAUAUGUUCCUCAAGUUGGCUGGCGCUGAGGAUGUGAGGACAAAAGAAGCCGAGUUGUGGUUGCAAGAAUUAAAGAACACUGCAGAGUUCACAGCGAACCAGGCAAAGUACGAGAAGGCAGCAUUGGAACAACAACAGCAACAAGCACAACAAGCUCUUCACAGGGUGACGUCUCUGUCAGCGACAGCACAAGCAGCAGCUAGUAAGGCGGCGCUGGCAGAAGCAGCAAUCCGAGCAGCGAAUGCAGAUGCAAAGAUUGGAUCGAGAGGUCAUUUGUCAUUGAAUGAGUUGUUGGAUUAUAUCAAUAAUCAGCCGCAAGGAUCGUCUGCAGGUAGCAAGGGCAAGAAGGGUGGCAAGGCCAACGCUACAAAGCGUGGCAACAAGAAGUAAAGACAACGCGGAUUCAGCUUUUUUUUUUUUUUUGAAUUUUUUUUUUU